CCCACGGGGCAAAGUCCCCUGGGCUGCAGGCUGGGAGCCGGCAAGAUGGGCGCGCUGGGUCGGGUCGUGCUGUGGCUGUGGCUCUGCGCGCUGACCCGGGCCGCCUACAAGUUCUGGGUCCCCAGCACCGACUUCGACGCCGCCGCCAACUGGAGCCAGAACCGGACCCCGUGCGCGGGCGCCGCCGUCGAGUUCCCGGCCCACAAGGUGGUGUCAGUCCUGGUGCGGGAGGGUCACCGCGUCUCCGACCUGGUCCGUCCGGGCUCUCCUCGCGGGGAGAGCCUUUGGGGAUCCCCGGCCACCGCGUGGCGCCUCAACCCGCGCCUCCCGCAGCUCCUGCCCCUGGACGGGGAGCUCGUCCUGGCCUCAGGAGCCGGAUUCAGCGCGGCGGACACCAGCCUGGACGCGGGCUGCAGCUCGGGCGCCCCCGCGCGCUUCCGGGACCCGGACCGCUUCUGGUGGUACGACCCGCUCCUGUGGCGCCCGGCGGACGCGACUCACGGCCUCUUCCUCGUGGACGCCGAGCGCGUGCCCUGCCGCCACGACGACGUCGUCUUCCCGCCGGACGGCUCCUUCCGCGUGGGCCUGGGCCCCGCCGCCCGCCCCGUGCGCGUCCGCAGCGUCUCCGCGCUGGGCCGGACGCUCACGCGCGACGAGGACCUGGCCGCCCUGCUGGCGUCCCGCGCCGGCCGCCUGCGCUUCCACGGGCCGGGCGCGCUGAGCGUGGUGCCCGAGGCCUGCGCGGACCCGUCGGGCUGCGUCUGCGGCAACGCCGAGGUGCAGCCGUGGAUCUGCGCGGCCCUGCUCCAGCCCCGGGGUGGCCGCUGCCCCCCGGCCGCCUGCCGCGACGCCCUCCGGCCCGAGGGGCAGUGCUGCGGCCUCUGCGGAGCCAUCGUGUCUCUGACCCACGGCGCCGGCUUUGACCUGGAGCAGUACCGGGCGCGGCUGCUGCGUGCUUUCCUGGCUCUGGUGGAGGAGGCGCGGGGAGGCGGCCCCCGCGCCCGCCGCGGCGCCCCUGGGCUUCCACAACCCGGUGUUCGAGGUCGCGGGCUCGGAGGAGCAGCAAAAGUCGUUUGGAGAAGCCGCAAAGCGAUAGCUCCAGCCUUCAACAGCAACAACAAAGCCGGGUGUCCCAGGAGCGGGAGAACUGAGCUUCCAGGUUUACAGCAACACGAUGCUCAGGUGUCCAGUGAGACUGCGAGGCGUGGCCCUUUCACAGGGAAAACAGUCGCCAGGAACCAGCCCCCAGCAGCUCAUACAGCGGAGCUGUUAGUCCAAGACUUUAAAUGAACCUUCUUACGUGUGUUCAAGGAGCAAAAGGAACCCAUAUACAGAGAACUAAACGAUAUUAGCAAAACAGUGUCUGAACAAAAAAAAGAGAUGGAAAUUAUAAAAACGAACCAAAAAAGUUUUGGAGCCACAAAGUACAGUAAUGGAAAUGAAAAACUCAUUAAUUAGACAGGUUCAACUGCAGGCUUGAGCAGUAGGGAAGGAUCAGCAAACUUGGAGACAAGCCAACAGACACUACCCAGUGUAAGGAGCAGAAAGGAAAAACGAAGAAACGUGAAAAGAGCGAGGAGCCCUCAGGACACGUCAACUGUACCAACAUGUGCGUCAGUGGAAGCCCAGAAGGAUGAGAAGAGAAAGGGGUGGUAAACGUAUUAGAAGAAACAAUGGCCAACAACUCCCCAAAUCUGAGGACAGACACAAAUGUCCACACCCAGGAAGCUCGAUGAAUGCCAAACAAGAGACCCUAAGGGACCCCCACCAAGACACAGGGCGAAACUGUCAAAAUCUAAAGACAGAGAGGAAGAGAGAUGUGACCUGCCACGUACAGGGAUGGAGGCCAGGAGACAGUGGGGUGGCAGAUUUAAAGUUGUUAAGGGAAAAAAUUGUCAACCAAGAACUCUACAUCCAGCAAAAUUAUCUUUCAAAACUGAAGGAGAAAUUAAAGACAUUUUACAAAUAAACAGAAACUGAAAGCGUUCACUACCAGCAGACCGGCCCUGUAAGAAAGGCUGAAGGGAGUCCUUCAGGCUGAAACAAAAGACACUAGAAAGUAACCUGAAGCCACAGGAGAAAUAAGGAAUGCUGGUAACGGUCACCACGCAGGUGAGUGUGAAGUUCUGUGUGAUGGUCCCUGUGGGUUUGGAACAGCCGUCCCCCCAUGUGACUUAACAGGCUUAUGUGUAAAAUAACAUUAUAAAUCCUAUGUUCACGGGCAGACAGUGGAUAACGACAUAAUCUGAGACAAGAAUAACAGAAUGGAAUGAUUCGGCCAUAACGAGCCACAAAGUUCUGAUAUAGCCACCACACAGAUGAACCUUGAAAACAUCAUGCUAAGUGAAAGACACGAGACACAAAAGGACAAUAUUACAUGA